AUGGCAAGGAUCGAUGGGAUGCAAGCCGCUGGAUCCACUGGCGUCACCCCUUGCUCCAGCCCCACAAGCAUGGCCGGUUCCGGCACGAGUGAGGCAUCGGCCACUAUACUGUUUCUGUCUAUACAGUUCAUUGAGGGCGCUGAAGGCGGACGCGAUUGGCUCUCUAAGAUGGAGUUGGCAUACACAUUUGUGUCCCUGGAUAGCGGAAACUUGGAGAUACGUGAUUGCUCAAAGUUGCCAAAGUUCGAACGAUUCUUCACCGCAUCAGAAUUUAACUCCUGGGAUCGUGACACAAGGGAAAUUAUAACUGCCUUGUCAAUAAACAAACCAGAUAGACCCGCGGCCAAGUUCAAUGUAGAACCGACAUUCUCGAAUCUGGGUAAGGGAAUGAGCGAGAACCUUGAAUUCUUCACAGUUAAGCGAAGGAUGGAGACACUGGUGGGAUCCACAACGGGAAAGCACCCCCUUGUCCGGGGAUCAUCACCGCCUACCUUUUAUGUCGCGGAUUCAUAUGACAAGGCCAGCAGUAUGAGCCAUUCAUCAUCUUGCUAUCAUGCAUACCGCGUUCAAACAGAAACUGACUUGCAAAUGAUCGCUGAGAACCGCAUAUGCAUCAGUGGGGCAUACUUCGUCGUGCUUCUUCAUACUAUUAGCUUUAUCGUAAUGCAACCGUCUGUGGGCGGAAAUGCUUCUAAUGGCUACAAAACCAACGAUCAUUGCGUUAUAAUCACUGCUAUGGUUGCCAGCAUGUUUAUCUGGGAUAAGGCACUUGACUGUCUUCAGCAACUGAGGAUAUACAGUGUCAUCGCAUGGAACUCGUUGAACAACGGCCGAGAAUACAACAAGCCGCUGGCUAGCACCGCCAUUCUAGAUUCAAGUCCUGUAGCUCGUGGUCUAGGCCAACGCAAUUCACUCAACCCGGGCGUCAUCCCUGACAGCAUGAAGUCAAAAGAUCUCAACUCCACACCAAGAGAUGAAGAUGAAAGAAUGACGAAUGAAGCUAGAACAAUCAGGCACUGA